AUGACUUGUCAAGUCUAGUGUCUAGAGCCUAUAUGCUACGGAUACAUGCGCGCGUUGUCGUCGAAAAAUGACCAGGAUCAAAGUGCUAUGACGGACGUUUAAAGCUAUAUGCCGUGCCAGUUGAUGCACACUAUUAACUGGAAUACUACGAAAUACGCCAACUCGCAGUGUCACGAUAGACUCGUAUGGGAAUGAUUCAGCGAGUAAUUCUACGUUCCUGCUUUGCGUUCAAGUAGCUAGCAAGCUAGCUAGCCAACGCGUGCUACGACUUGCUAGCUGAAAGGCCGGGUUGUUAAAAAGUGGACCAAUUGAUGUUGUGGUAAAGUGCAAAAAACAUGCUGUUAAGUGGGUACUGCCAAACUACUUAUUGAGCCACAAAUAGAAAGUAGCGACAAUGAAGGUCGACAGAAGCAAGUUAAAGAAAACCCCUACAGAAGCUCCUGCAGACUGCAGGACCCUUAUAGAGAAGCUCAAGGCAUGCAGUGAUGAGCAAUUGCUUGUGGAGCUUCAGCACAUUAAGACCUGGAAUAUUGGAAAGUGUGAGCUGUACCACUGGGUGGACCUACUGGACCGUUUCGAUGGAAUUCUAUGCGAUGCAGGCCAGACUGUGGAGAGCAUGUCAUGGCUGCUGGUGUGCGACCGGCCAGACAACGGGCACCUCAAGGCCCUGCUGCUGGCUGUGCUCAAUUUCACCGCCUUGCUCAUUGAGUACAGCUUCUCCAGACACCUCUACAGCUCCAUAGAGCACUUAACCACCUUAUUGGCGUCAUGUGACAUGCAAGUGGUCUUGUCUGUACUCAACCUGCUGUACGUGUUCAGCAAACGCUCCAACUACAUCACAAGAUUGGGGUCUGACAAGAGAACUCCUCUUUUGGCCCGCCUGCAACAUCUGGCAGAGAGUUGGGGUGGAAAGGAGAACGGGUUUGGUUUGGCCGAAUGCUGCAGGGAUCUGCCCAUGUCGAAAUACCCACCCAGUGCCACAACACUGCACUUUGAGUUCUAUGCUGAACCAGGCCCUGAGGUCAAAGUAGAGAGAAAACAGACAAGCAGUAACACACUACACUAUAUUCACAUUGAGCAGCUUGACAAGAUUUCAGAGAGUCCGUCUGAGAUCAUGGAGUCACUGACAGUAAUGUACAACAUCCCAAAAGACAAGCAGACCCUUCUCUUCACACACAUUCGAUUGGCUCAUGGCUUCUCUAAUCACAAGAAGAGGCUACAGGCUGUACAGGCCCGCCUGCAUGCCAUUUCUAUACUUGUGUACUCCAAUGCGCUCCAGGAGUCCGCCAACAGUAUACUGUACAAUGGCUUGAUAGAGGAACUGGUAGAUGUGCUGCAGAUUACAGACAAACAGCUUGUGGAUAUAAAAGCAGCAUCUUUGCGCACUUUAACUUCAAUUGUCCACCUGGAAAGGACCCCUAAGCUUUCCAACAUCAUCGACUGCACCGGGACGGCGUCUUACCAUGGCUUCCUGCCUGUGUUGGUGCGCAACUGUAUACAAGCAAUGAUUGACCCUCUGAUGGAGCCCUACCCACAUCAGUUUGCCACAGCACUCUUCUCCUUCCUCUACCACCUGGCAAGCUACGAUGCCGGAGGCGAGGCACUCGUCUCCUGUGGUAUGAUGGAAGCACUACUCAAGGUGAUCAAGUUCCUUGGAGAUGAGCAGGACCAGAUAACCUUUGUGACCCGGGCGGUGCGAGUCGUGGACCUCAUCACCAACCUGGACAUGGCUGCCUUCCAGUCCCACACUGGCCUUACCAUCUUCAUCUCCAGACUGGAGCACGAGGUGGACCUGUCGAGGAAAGAGUGCCCUUUUGUCAUCAAGCCAAAGAUCCAGAGGCCGAGCACAGCUACUGAGUCUGAGGACAUGGACACAGACAUGGACAUGUCAGAAGUCUCUAUGGAGAGCAGCCCCGGCCCAUCCACAUCUUCUAGCUCUAGACCAGAAGUGGACCACCGAGUGCAGAGUGGCACAGCCAAUGCACCACGUGCAGGUAUGCAGUGUAUCCCCCAGAGAGCAGCUCUGUUGAAGUCUAUGUUAAACUUCUUAAAGAAAGCCAUUCAAGACCCUGCAUUUUCUGAUGGUAUCCGCCAUGUAAUGGACGGGUCAUUGCCUACCUCACUCAAGCACAUCAUCAGUAACGCAGAGUAUUAUGGCCCAUCACUCUUUUUACUGGCGACGGAGGUGGUGACGGUGUUUGUGUUCCAGGAGCCCUCCCUGCUCUCCUCCCUGCAGGAUAACGGCCUCACAGACGUCAUGCUGCAUGCGCUGCUCAUCAAGGACUGUCUCUCUCUGCAGGUUCCCGCCACUCGGGAGGUGCUGGGCUCCCUCCCCAAUGUGUUCAGUGCCCUGUGCUUGAACGCGAGAGGCCUGCACUCCUUCGUUCAGUGCCAGCCGUUUGAGCGCCUCUUUAAGGUGCUGCUCUCCCCGGACUACCUACCCGCUAUGAGGCGGCGACGGAGCUCCGACCCACUUGGGGACACUGCCUCAAACCUCGGCAGUGCUGUGGAUGAGCUCAUGAGGCACCAGCCCACUCUCAAGACGGACGCCACUACUGCCAUCAUUAAGUUGUUGGAGGAGAUCUGUAACCUUGGCCGGGCGCCAGAGUACAUCUGCCAGAAGCCGUCCAUCCAGAAGGCGGACGGCACAGUGGCCGUGCCCCCUGCCCGGUCCAGCCAUGCUGCAGAGGAGGCCUCCAGUGAAGACGAGGAGGAGGAGGAGGCCCUCCACACCUUCAGCCAGCAGCAGGGGGAGCCAGAGAGCAACAGGCAGUCAGUUCCACUUGAACUGGUGGUUGGCACAGAGGAGAGAAUACCUAUUCCUCUCAUGGAUUACAUCCUGAAUGUGAUGAAGUUUGUGGAAUCCAUACUGAGCAACAACACCACCGACGACCACUGUCAGGAGUUUGUCAACCAGAAGGGCCUCUUGCCCCUGGUCUCCAUCCUGGGCCUGCCCAACCUGCCCAUAGACUUCCCCACCUCUGCUGCGUGCCAAGCCGUGGCCGGUGUCUGCAAGUCCAUCCUGACGCUCUCUCAUGAGCCUAAAGUGCUCCAGGAGGGGCUCUGCCAGCUGGACAGCAUCCUCACGGCCCUGGAGCCCCUGCACCGGCCCAUCGAGGUCCCCGGCGGCUCUGUGCUACUCCGAGAGCUUGCCAAUGCCGGCCACGUCGCCGACGCCACCCUGUCGGCCCGCGCCACGCCGCUCCUGCACGCGCUCACCGCAGCGCACGCCUACAUCCUCAUGUUUGUCCACACCUGCAGAGUGGGACAGAGUGAAAUCAGAGCCAUCUCUGUGAACCAGUGGGGCUCCCAGCUUGGCCUGAGUGUCCUCAACAAGCUGAGCCAGCUGUACUGCUCUCUGGUCUGGGAAAGCACCGUCCUGUUGUCCCUCUGUACCCCCAACAGUCUACCACCUGGCUGUGAGUUUGGGCAGGCAGACAUGCAGAAACUUGUGCCCAAGGAGGAGAAGCCUUCUGGCAGCGCCACAGCGACCCCGGCGUCUGGCUCCAGGAGAACUGCUGAGUCUGAGGCAGUGGCUGUGGACUCGUCAGCCGGCGGUCUGCUGGAGGGCAUGGGUCUAGACGGGGACACGCUGGCUCCCAUGGAGACGGAUGAGCCCACCGCCACCGACCCCAAGGCCAAGUCCAAACUGACGCCAGCGAUGGCCACCCGGAUCAAGCAGAUCAAACCGCUGCUCUCAGCCUCAUCGCGUCUGGGCAGGGCUCUGGCUGAGCUGUUUGGGCUGCUCGUCAAGCUGUGUGUUGGCUCCCCUGUGCGUCAGCGUCGUUCCCAUCACGCCACCAGCACGGGCACGGCCCCGACGCCAGCGGCCCGUGCCACCGCCUCCUCCCUCACCAAGCUGCUCACCAAGGGCCUGAGCUGGCAGCCGCCACCCUACACCCCCACCCCCCGAUUCAGGCUGACCUUUUUCAUCUGCUCCGUGGGCUUCACGUCUCCCAUGCUGUUUGAUGAGAGAAAGUACCCAUACCACCUAAUGCUGCAGAAGUUCUUCUGCUCAGGCGGUCACGAUGCUCUGUUUGAGACCUUUAACUGGGCUCUGUCGAUGGGCGGUAAGGUGCCCGUCUCUGAAGGGCUGGAGCAUACUGAUCUGCCCGACGGCACUGGGGAGUUCCUGGACGCCUGGCUGAUGCUGGUGGAGAAGAUGGUGAACCCCAGCACCGUGCUGGACUCUCCUCACUCUCUGCCCGCCAAGGUCCCCGGGGUCACGCCCACCACGCCCCAGUUCAGCGCCCUGCGGUUCCUCAUCGUCACGCAGAAGGCUGCGUUCAGCUGCAUCCGCAGCCUGUGGAACCGGAAGCCCCUCAAGGUGUACGGAGGCCGCAUGGCCGAGUCCAUGCUGGCCAUCCUCUGCCACAUUCUGAGGGGAGAGCCGGUGAUCCAGGAGCGCCUGGGCAAGGAGCGGGAGGGCACGGCACGGCCAGAAGAGGAGGGGGCUCCCGCGGGGCCUCCGGCACCUACCGGGGCCCCCGGAGCUGCUCCGACCGCAGGAGAGGGCACCGCUGCCCCUGGGUCGGCCCCGGCUGCACCAGCCGCCGCCGGCUCAGCGGAGGACGCCACCAACUCGACCAACUCCACCCCUCGUCGGGAGCCCCAGGUCAACCAGGCGCAGCUCACGCAGCUGAUGGACAUGGGCUUCUCCAGAGAACAUGCCAUGGAGGCCCUGCUGAACACCACCACUAUGGAGCAGGCCACAGAGUACCUGCUCACUCACCCGCCCCCCCUUCUCAGCGGCGCUGUUCGGGACCUGACUAUGUCUGAAGAGGACCAGAUGAUGAGGGCCAUUGCCAUGUCACUAGGACAAGAGGUUAGCAUGGAGCAGCGCUCUGACUCUCCCGAGGAGGCGGCGAGGCGGCGCGAGGAGGACGACCGGCGGGCCCGGGAGCGGGCGGAGGAGGAGGAGGCCCGCUGUCUGGAGCGCUUCAUGGAGGCGGAGCCCCUGGACCCCCAGGAGCUGCACGCCUUCACGGACUCCAUGCUGCCCGGCUGCUUCCACCUGCUGGACGAGCUGCCCGACACGGUCUACCGCCUCUGCGACCUGCUGAUGACGGCCAUCAAGAGGAGCGGCCCCGAGUACCGAGACCUCAUCCUGGGCCAGGUGGUCCACCAGGUGUGGGACGCGGCCCGUGUGCUGAUCAAAGCAGCGGAGCCCCUGACGACCAGUGACACCAAGACGGUGGCCGAGUGGACCAGGCAGAUGGCCACGCUGCCGCAGGCCUCCAAGCUGGCCACGCGCAUCCUGCUGCUCACGCUUCUCUUUGAGGAGCUAAAGCUGUUGUGCACCAGAGUGGUGGAGCGAAGUGGAAUUCUUGACUUGCUGAUUAAGCUGCUUGAGGUGGUGCAACCCUGUUUGCAGGCUGCCAAGGAGCAGAAGGACAUCCAGACCCCAAAAUGGAUUACCCCAGUUCUUUUGCUUAUUGAUUUCUAUGAGAAGAUGGCCGUUUCUUCAAAGCGCAGAGCACAGAUGAACAAGUACCUGCAGCCUAAUGGCAACAACUGGCGGUGGUUUGACGACCGCUCUGGCCGCUGGUGUAGCUACAGCGCGUCCAACAACAGCACCAUCGACUCAGCCUGGAGGGCCGGGGAGAGCAGUGUGCGCUUCACCGCCGGACGGCGACGCUACACCGUCCAGUUCAACACCAUGGUGCAGGUGAACGAAGAGACGGGCAACAGGAGGCCAGUGAUGCUCACCGUCCAGAGAGUUCCUCGGUUGCCCAAACCCUCCAAGACCGGGGGCGCGGCGGACUCGGAGAGAGAGGAGGGAGAGAAGACCAAGCCGGAGGAAACCCAGACUGAAGUUGGUACCACAGCCCUCACAGCAGAACCGGGCGCAGCAGUGGAGAUGGCCGCCCCCAAAGAGGACACCAGUCCGCCGAAGGACGCGACGUCGACGGGACCCUCGGCCCCGCCGCCUGACCCGGACCCCGCCCAGGGCACGGACAUCGCCGUGGAGGGCUUGUCCGAGGACAUGACCACGGUGCUGAUCCGCGCCUGCGUCAGCAUGAUCAGUGUCCCGGUGGACCCCGACACCCUUCACGCAACGCUGCGCCUUUGUCUGCGCCUGACGCGCACGCACCACUACGCCAUGAUGUUCGCCGAGCUGAAGAGCACCCGCAUGAUCCUGGGGCUCACCCAGGUCUCCGGGUUCAACGGCUUCACCCCCCUCGUCACCCUGCUGUUCAGGCACAUCAUCGAGGACCCGGCCACACUGAGACACACCAUGGAGAAGGUGGUGCGGUCUGCCGUCACCAGCGGAGCGGGCAGCACCACCUCCGGGGUGGUGUCUGGCAGCCUGGGCUCCAGGGAGAUCAACUACAUCCUGCGUGUGCUGGGCCCCGCCUCGUGCCGCAACCCCGAGUGCUUCGCAGAGACGGCCAACAGCUGCAUCCGCAUCGCCCUGCCCGCACCGCGAGGCGCAGGCACCGUGUCUGAUGACGAGUUUGAGAACCUGCGCAUCAAAGGGCCCAAUGCCGUGCAGCUGGUGAAGACCACCCCCCUCAAGCUAUCCCCGCUGCCCACCAUCCCAGAGACCAUCAGGGAAGUCAUCUGCGACAUGCUCAACGCUCUGGCCGCCUACCAUGCACCUGAAGAGCCCGAGCGUCCAGAGGAGCGUGCUGCGGCGGCGGCAGCGGCGGUGGUGGUGCCUGGGGGCCAGGACCUGUCCCAGAUCCUUCAGGAUGUCGGGGACGACGUGUACCAGCAGUACAGGCUCACCAGACAGGGCAGCGACUUUGACUCACAGUCUGCCUUCCACAUCAAUCCCCAGGUGUUCGCUGCAGAUGGAGCUGUGGCUGACUCUUCCCAGUCUGGCACACCCCAAGGCGAGGCCUCCACGCCGGAGGAGUUGCGUGAGGAGAAGAAGGAGCAGGAGGGAGAGAAGGGCGCCGGCACUGAGGAGAGCAAAGCGGCUAAGGCCAAGGCUAGCAAGCCUCUGAUGCCCACCUCCACCAUCCUCAGACUGCUGGCCGAGUUGGUGCGCUCCUACGUGGGUAUCGCCACACUCAUCGCCUCCUACAGCUACACGGCCGGACAGUCGGAGCUCAUCAAGGAGGACUGCAGCGUUCUUGCCUUCGUGUUGGACCACCUGCUGCCCCACACCCAAAACUCUGAGGACAAGGACACGCCCGCACUGGCUCGACUAUUCCUGGCCAGUCUGGCGGCCGCCGGCACCGGCACGGACGCGCAGGUUGCCCUGGUGAACGAGGUGAAGGCUGCCCUCAGCAGAGCCCUGGCUAUGGCGGAAGGAGCAGAGAAGCACGCCAGGCUCCAGGCAGUGAUGUGCAUCAUCAGCACCAUCAUGGAGUCCUGCCCCUCCACCUCCAGCUUCUACAGCACGGCCACUGCCAAGACGCAGCACAAUGGCAUGAACAACAUCAUCCGCCUCUUCCUCAAGAAGGGCCUGGUCAACGACCUAGCACGUGUGCCACACAGCCUCGACUUGUCUAGUCCCAACAUGGCAAACACAGUGAAUGCUGCCCUCAAGCCCCUGGAGACCCUCUCUCGUAUCGUGAACCAGCCCAGCAGUCUGUUCGGGGGCAAGGGAGGCUCCAGCAAAAACAAGGCUGAACACGACACCGUGGGCGCUGCCAGGGACAGCAACAGCAACACCACGGACCAAGGAGAGCCAGGUGAGGCCGAGCCCGUGGAGGGAAGCAGGGUGCCGGGAGCGGACAGUGACCUGAUGGACGGAGAGACGGAGGCGGACACGGUGGUGAUCGCUGGUCAGCCAGAGGUCCUCAGCACCCAGGCCAUGCAGGUGGAGAAUGAGUUGGUGGAUCUGAUUGAUGAGCUUCUGGAACGGGACGCUGUCACAGUAAACAGCACCAUUAUAGUAGGACGCAGUGGUGAAGACGAAUCACAGGAGGAUGUGUUGAUGGAUGAAGCUCCCUCGAAUAUUAGCCAGACUUCCACUCUCCAGGCAAAUCGGGAAGACUCCAUGAACAUCCUGGAACCAGAGGAUGAAGAGCACACACAGGAGGAAGAUUCUAGUGGCAGUAAUGAUGAUGAAGACAGCCAGGAUGAAGAGGAGGAGGAGGAAGAAGAGGAAGAGGAGGAGGACCAGGAUGACGAGGAAGGAGACGAGGACGACGAUGACGAAGGUUCGGAGAUGGAGUUGGACGAGGACUUCCCAGACAUCAAUGCGGCGCCUCACAUCCGUUUCGAGAGGUUCGACCGGGACGACGACCUCAUCAUCGAGUUCGACAACAUGUUCUCCACAACCGCUGACAUCCCUCCCUCCCCAGGCAACAUCCCCAGCUCCCACCCCCUGAUGGUGCGCCACGCCGACCACGGCUCGCUCACGCUGGGGGCCGCGGGCACCAGCAGCCGCCUGGCACAGGGCAUGGGCCGCAGCCAGCGCACGCUGCGCCAGCUCACCGCCAACGCCGGCCACACCAUCCACGUCCACUACCCCGGCAACCGCCAGCCCAACCCGCCCCUCAUCCUGCAGAGACUGCUGGGCCCCAGCGCAGCAGCGGACAUCCUGCAGCUCUCCAGCUCCCUGCCCCUGCAGUCCCGCGGCCGCGCCCGCCUCCUGGUGGGCAACGAGGACGUGCACAUCAUCGCCCGCUCGGACGACGAGCUGCUGGAUGACUUCUUCCACGAGCAGAGCAGCACCGGAGGACAGGCCGGCACUCUCUCCAGUAUCCCCACGGCCCUGACCAGGUGGACAGAUGAGUGCAAGGUGCUGGAUGCCGAGAGCAUGCACGACUGUGUAGCAGUGGUGAAGGUGCCAAUCCUGCAGCACCUGGAGAGCCUGCGAGAUGAGGAGCUGGAAGAGCGCCGGGAGAAGAGGAGGAGGCAGCUUGCUGAGGAGGAGGAAGCCAAGCAGAGCGAGCGGAGGGCUUCGGGGGCGGAGGACAGCAGGGAGCAGAGCCUGCAGGUCAGCAGAUGGAGAGAGGGUCCUGGAUUGGGGGUGGUCAAUGGCGCAGAGAACACUGCAGAAGGUGAGCAGGCCCACGGUGCUCCUGGGUCCUGCCUGGAUCCCCCAAGGGUCUCUGAGGGCUUCCUCACAGCCCCCCCAUCAGGAGAGGUGACCCCCACCACCCCUGCUCCGCAUGAGCAGGCCCUAGUCUCCCUGGAGACUGCCAUCAGCCAACAGGUCCAUCAGCCUAUUGCUGACCUGCUGCUUGCGGAGUCGCACGCCAGCUCGCUGGCCGCCCUGGCCGUAGCAGAGGCCUCCCAAAUGGAAAUGUCCCCGGCCCCCACAAUCGGUGAGAGAGGAGAAAGUGGUGGUGGUGGAGGAGGUGGAGCAGUGGACGGAGGCAGGGAAGCCUCCCUCAGUCCAGAUAUUGCCGAGCCUGUUGCGGUGGGCGUGUCGCAGCUGGAGGGGUCGCCCAUGGAUACCAGCAGCCCUGCUUCCACCACGCUGGAGGAAGCCGCUCCCAACCCCGCCCAGACCGCCCACCUCUCCCAGGAGCUGUCGGGCAGCGCUGGCAGUGCGGACAGCGGGCUGACCGACAGGCAGACGGACGCAGAGACUGGAUCCACCACUGUCUCGUCACCCGGGGAGACUAUGCCCCGGAGUGACAGCGCUGAUAGCCAAUCCCAGGCCAUCCAAGAGGAGCCGCUGCCCUCGACCAGCAACGACGACGAAGACCCACUAGCAGGCAUCAAUCUGCCGGAGGGUGUGGACCCCUCGUUUCUGGCGGCCCUCCCCGAGGAUAUUCGGCGCGAGGUGCUCCAGAACCAGCUGGGCAUCAGGCCCCCCUCCCGGCCCCCUGUCACCUCCAGCCUGCCUUCCUCCACCACCCCCGUGCUGAGCGGCCCCGGGGUCACCGAGGUCAGCCCAGAGUUCCUGGCUGCGCUGCCGCCCGCCAUCCAGGAGGAGGUGCUGGCCCAGCAGCGGGCCGAGCAGCAGCGCCGGGAGCUGUCCCAGCAGCCCACCCAGGGGGACACGCCCCUGGACCCCGUGACCUUCAUCCAGACCCUGCCCUCGGAGCUCCGCCGCAGCGUGCUGGAGGACAUGGAGGACAGCGUGCUGGCCGUCAUGCCCCCGGACAUCGCCGCCGAGGCGGCCGCGCUGCGCCGCGAGCAGGAGGCCCGCCAGAGGCAGCUGAUGCACGAGCGCCUGUUCGGCCACAGCUCGUCCUCGGCCCUGUCGGCCAUCCUGCGCUCCCCGGCCUUCACCAGCCGCCUGGGCAGCAACCGCGGCGUGCAGUACACCCGCCUGGCCGUGCAGCGCGGGGGCACCUUCCAGAUGGGAGGCACCAACCACAACAGACCUUCCAGCUCCACGGUGGACUCCCUGCUGCGUCUGCGCGGCCGGCUCCUCCUGGACCACGAGGCCCUCUCCUGCCUGCUGGUGCUGCUGUUUGUGGACGAGCCCAAGCUCAACACCAGCCGGCUGCACCGCGUGCUGCGCAACCUGUGCUACCACUCGCAGACGCGCGGCUGGGUCAUCCGCAGCCUGCUGUCCAUCCUGCAGCGCAGCAGCGAGAGCGAGGUGUGCGUGGAGACGACGCGCCUCGACGACGCCCGUGGCAAGAGGAACCCGCAGGGGGGCUGCGCCGCCAAGUCUGCCGCAGCCGCCGCCGCCGCCUCCUCCCUCUCCUCCUCCUCUUCGUCGUCCUCGUCAUCCGCCUCGUCCUCCUCUUCCUUGGAGCUACUGAACAGGGUGGAAUCCCGCAGCUCCAGCCAACUGUCCUGGCUCUCCGUUUCAAUGGACGCGGCCCUGGGCUGCCGGACAAACAUUUUCCAGAUCCAGCGGGCGUCGGGCAGGAAGCACGCCGACCGCCACUCGGCGGGGGGCACGGGCCCCGGAGCGCUGGGAGCAGGCGUAGGAGGGAUAGCCGGGCCGCCCCCAGGGGUCACGUGCACAGGAGGUGGAGGGUCCACCGUGCACAUCCACCCGCAGGCUGCGCCCGUGGUCUGUCGCCAUGUCCUGGAUACCCUCAUCCAGCUGGCCAAGGUUUUCCCCAGCCACUUCACCCAGCAGCGCUGUAAGGACCUGUCGACGUCGCCCUCCGACCUGGACGCCCGUCUGUGUUUGGCCACGGCCGGGGCGGCCGGCGUGCUCGGCGGAGUGGUCGUCGGCGCCCGUUCGAGCAGCAACAGCGCCGCCUCCAACGUCUCCUCGGCUCCCGCCACCACCCCCAACUCCCUGGGUUCCUGCGUCAUCACGCCCCAGUCCCUGGGCAUCUCCACCGACUUCUGGGACCUGCUCGUCAAGCUGGACAACAUGAAUGUGAGCCGCAAAGGCAAAGCCUCCAUGAAGACGGUGCCUUUAGGGGGCGGCCCCGAGGCGGAGGGCGCCCAGUUCAGCCUGGAGGCGUCCCCUCUGGGCCAGCUGAUGAACAUGCUGUCCCACCCCGUGAUCCGCCGCAGCUCUCUGCUCACGGAGAAGCUGCUGCGCCUGCUCUCCCUCAUCUCCAUCGCUCUGCCCGACAACAAGGCCACCGAGGUGCCCGCCGGCCACCCCGCCCCGCAGGCCGCCGGCUCCAGCACGGCCGGGGCCGCGGGGGUGGCGGCCGGGGCCGCCGGCCUGAGCACCCUGACGGCGGGCUCUGCCCAGGUGGCUGCCACGGGGCUGGUGGGAGCUGUGGUGCAGGGCUCGUCUUCACUGGCCAGCCUGGCGGCCUCUCACAUGGCCGCCUCCGCCGCGAGCUCUCUGCCCACCUCCACUGUUAACAUUUCAACCGGGAAGCAAAGGAUUGCUGUUUGCAGCAAUGAAAUUGAUUCUAAGUUGGCCUCCACUGGACUCACUGAGAAACAACUACAACUCUCAGUGGAGGUGCUGACCUCUCACUCGUGCUCCGAGGAGGGUCUGGAGGACGCCGCCAACAUCCUGCUGCAGCUGUCCAGAGGCGACGGCACCACCCGAGACACUGUCCUCCGCCUGCUGCUCAGUGGAGCCCGACACCUGGGCUACACGCUCUGCAAACAGAUCGGCACGCUACUGGCGGAGCUCCGGGAGUACAACCUGGAGCAGCAGAGACGGGCCCGGGCCGACGCCCUGUCCCCCGACGCCCCCCCUGAGGACUCCUCCAUGACUAGGCUCAAGGGCAAGGUCCCCAGCAGGCGGGGCCGCAGGUUCGAUGGCUCGGAGAGUGUGGUGAUCGUGGCGGCUCAGAAGCGCACGCUGGGCGGCCGCGAGCUGCAGCUGCCGUGCAUGAGCUCGCUGACCUCCAAGACGUCCACGCAGAAGUUCUUCCUGCGCGUGCUGCAGGUCAUCAUCCAGCUGCGGGAGGACACCCGCCGUGCCAACAAGAAGGCCAAGCAGACGGGCCGGCUAGGCUCCACCAGCCUGGGCUCGGCCAGCAGCAUCCAGGCGGCGGUGCGGCAGCUGGAGGCCGAGGCCGACGCCAUCAUCCAGAUGGUGAGAGAGGGCCAGCGGGCACGCCGCCUCCAGCAGGCCCCCCCGCCCACCGCCUCUGCCGCCGCCGCCGUCGCUACCUCCGCCGUCACGGGAACCUCCCUGGCUGCUCCCCAUGCCCCCGCCGCCACCGCUGCCCCCCCUCCCGGCACGGUUGCCGCUGCCACGUCUGAGGGGCAGUCUGUGUCUGAGGCCCAGGCAGCCCAGAGGGAUGAAUCCCCCAUGGAUGUAGACCAGCCGUCACCUCUGGACCAGGACGCAGUUCCCCUUGAUGACGAGGGCAACAGCCAAUCAGAGAGUGAGGAGAGACUUCCUGACCUGCCCCUGCUCAGCGAGCAGCUUCUAUUGGACGAGCUGUGGGACAUGCUCGGGGAGUGCCUGAAAGAGCUGGAGGAGUCACAUGAUCAGCACGCAGUAUUGGUUCUCCAGCCCGCCGUGGAAGCCUUCUUCCUGGUCCACGCCACGGAGCGAGAGAGCAAGCCCCCGGUCAGGGACACCCGGGAGAGCCAGCUGUCCCACAUCAAGGACGAGCCCCCUCCCCUGUCCCCAGCGCCCCUCACCCCCGCCACACCCUCCUCCCUGGACCCCUUCUUCUCCCGGGAGCCGUCCUCCAUGCACAUUUCUUCCAACCUGCCCCCCGACACCCAGAAGUUCCUCCGCUUCGCUGAAACCCACCGCACAGUGCUUAACCAGAUCCUGCGCCAGUCCACCACCCACUUGGCUGAUGGGCCCUUUGCAGUUUUGGUCGAUUACAUUCGCAUACUUGAUUUCGAUGUGAAGAGGAAAUACUUCCGGCAGGAGCUGGAGCGUCUGGACGAGGGCCUGAGGAAGGAGGACAUGGCCGUGCAUGUGAGGCGAGACCACGUGUUCGAAGACUCGUACCGGGAGCUCCACCGCAAGAGUCCCGAGGACAUGAAGAACCGUCUGUACAUCGUGUUUGAGGGGGAGGAGGGCCAGGACGCCGGCGGGCUGCUCCGGGAGUGGUACAUGAUCAUCUCCCGGGAGAUGUUCAACCCCAUGUACGCCCUGUUCCGCACGUCGCCCGGCGACCGCGUCACCUACACCAUCAACCCCUCGUCGCACUGCAACCCCAACCACCUGAGCUACUUCAAGUUCGUGGGCCGCGUGGUGGCCAAGGCCGUGUACGACAACAGGCUCCUCGAGUGCUACUUCACCCGCAGCUUCUACAAGCACAUCCUGGGGAAGAGCGUCAGGUACACGGACAUGGAGAGCGAGGACUACCCCUUCUUCCAAGGCCUGGUGUACCUGCUGGAGAACGACGUCUCCACGCUGGGCUAUGAACUGACGUUCAGCACUGAGGUCCAGGAGUUUGGCGUGUGUGAAGUGAGGGACUUAAAACCCAACGGCGCCAACAUCCUGGUCACAGAGGAGAACAAGAAGGAAUACGUGCACUUGGUCUGCCAGAUGAAGAUGACAGGCGCCAUUCGGAAACAGCUGGCGGCCUUCCUCGAGGGCUUCUAUGAGAUCAUCCCCAAGAGGCUGAUCUCCAUCUUCACAGAGCAGGAGCUUGAGCUGCUCAUCUCUGGCCUGCCCACCAUCGACAUUGACGACUUGAAGGCCAACACGGAGUACCACAAGUACCAGUCCAGUUCAAUCCAGAUCCAGUGGUUCUGGAGAGCCCUGCGUUCCUUCGACCAGGCGGACCGGGCCAAGUUCCUCCAGUUUGUUACCGGUACCUCCAAGGUGCCCCUGCAGGGCUUCACGGCCCUGGAGGGAAUGAACGGCAUCCAGAAGUUCCAGAUCCACCGCGACGACCGCUCCACUGACCGCCUACCUUCUGCUCACACCUGCUUUAACCAGCUGGACCUUCCAGCCUAUGAGAGCUACGAGAAGCUUAGACAUAUGCUGCUGUUGGCCAUUCAGGAAUGCUCCGAGGGAUUCGGAUUGGCCUAGACACUGAGACUCUCGACACGCACAUACAAACACACGCAAACACACAGACACAACGCGUCCACACACGAGUUAGACUUGACUACCUUUGACACAUUUAUACUGAUGGCCCAUAAUGCACGCACACAUACACACCAUUCAGUGUCAUUACUGGAAUACAUGUUGAAUGGCCUAGACUUACUGGUUUUUUUAAUAAAUAUAAAGAUGGAUAAAACCAGCAAGCGAAACGGACUGAUUGACAUUGCCUACUACACAGAGCCUCAUGUGGACACAUCAGUGUCUCCCUUUCCAGAUUAAUGGCAAAGGCAAACAGUGCAUUGAGAGGAUUAAAAAAAAUACAUGGACUAAUAUAAGAGACAUUUUCUCCAUUUAGUUUGAUUUCUCUGUACAAAAGGUUUGGGAGUUUAUUAUGUUUAAUCUUUUUUUGUUCUUCUCUGGCUGUGUAAAAAAGGAGAAGGAUGUGUGUGUGUGUGUGAAACAGGAUGGUUAUAAAACCUUUGGGGAAAAAUGUUGGUUGUUUCUUGUUGCAUAUUUGUGACCUCACAAGCCUUGAAGAUGGGGAACAUUUUUAUGGGGGGAAAAAAAGAACAACUUGAAAAGUUUGAGAUAUUCACGAAAAUGCACUUUUCAAACGUUUUGUGGCAUUUUUAAGGAAGGAUGGUACAUAAAAAAUGAAAACACCUGAAGGAGAUACAGAAAUUAACCAUAAAUUCUAGAGUAUUUUUGGCUAUUAAAUCGCUGACCCAGCCUUGAGCCUUUGAAUCAGAGUGAAAUAACUACAUGAAUAAAUGCAUAAAAUUGA